AUGCCUCGUUCAGUCGUAAUGUUGAUGCUGGCACUCGGAAUGGGUCUUCUGGCCAUAAUGAUUUCUGUAUUGGUAGUGGGCCAUCUCGCCAAUGAAAUCUACGAGUUCCAUUAUGAUGCUCUUCGAGAAUUGAGUGAGGCCAAGGCAAGCGCGCCUGGUGAAUAUGGACCGGAUGGACCUAGAGGGCCACAAGGGCCUCCUGGCCCGCCAGGCCUUCCUGGAAAGCCUGGUCGUGACGGUCUAAUAGGACCACCAGGCCCUCCUGGACCACCAGGAUUGCCUGGUCUGCCAGGUAAAGACUCGCCACCAGGACCAUCAGGACUAGACGGUUUUCGUUAUGUGGGAAUUCCGGGUGAACCGGGACCACGAGGACCAAUGGGAGAAUGGGGGAUGCCAGGAGAAGAAGGAGAAUGUGGUGAGCCAGGUAUGCCUGGGCCACCAGGACCACCUGGACCUGAAGGAAAACCUGGAGAAGACGGAUUCGAUGGUUUGCCUGGACCUCCUGGCCCAGAAGGACUUCGUGGAUAUGACGCGUUUUACUGUUUAUGCCCAAGGAGGACUAGUGCAAUUUUCAUUGAUAGUGAUUUAUUAUAA